AUGCCGCACCGCCACCGGGACCUGGCGCCACGCUCGCCGGCGGGAGAAGGGCCCGCGAGGGAUUUGGCAAGGGAAGGCAACCACGCCGCGACCGCCGCCGACCCGCUGCCCACCAUCGCAGCAGCCCCACACUGGCCCGCACGGAGGAGAGGAGAGGGAGGGAGAGGGCCGCAGCUGCCGCCGGCCCGCACGGAGUGUGCGCGCGCACGGGGCCGAGCAGCGGCGGUGUGCGCGCGAGCGCAAAGCAGCGGUGAGGCGGUGUGCGGCGCGGCGGCGCCUCUGCCCGACCUGUCCGCCGUCUCCUCCGCCCACGGCGGCGCCGCCGCCGGACCGCCCCGCAUGCAGACGCAGCUCCGCACGCCAUGGUCGCCCCUCUGCCCCGUGCGCAGCUCUGUGCGCGUCGCCGCUGGCCCGCCACACCGUCCCGCCGCGGCCCGCCGCCGCUGGGUCCCGACGCCGCCGCGCAGGCCGCGACCGCCAUCUCGCCGCUACUGCUCCGCCUCGCCGGCGGCAAGAGGAGGGAGGAGGGCGCGCCGAACUCGCCGCCGCGUAGGCCGGGCUGCGACCGCCAUCUCGCCACUGCUGCUCCGCCUCGCUGAUGGCAGGAGGAGGGAGGAGGACGCGCCGGUGAAGAGAAGAGGAGGGCGGCGCUGA